UUUUAUGCAAGGGUAGAACUCUUCAAUGGAAAAGGGGGUUUAGUAGAGGGUUGCAUACAAAGCAUUGACAAAACUGGAAUUGAUUUUAUUGCUCUGGAAGGUCAAAGGGUGAUUCCUCGUCAGGGCAUGCAGUGGCAUGUGUUCGCAGCUUUUGCCACUUUAAAAGGUGGUCGAGCUGACUGGCUCAUAGAGAAAUGCACGGAACUUGGGGCUAGCAGUGUAACUCCACUUUUAACAGAAAGAUCUUCUUUGAUCUCUGAAAACCGUGUUGACAGACUGGAGCGUGUUAGUUUUGCUGCAGCUAAACAAUGUCAAAGGCUGCAUCAAAUGGUGCUGAAUACUCCAAUCAAAUUCAACGCUCUUUUGGAUCAUAUUUCCCAGGCAAAGCUAUCUUUGGUUGCUACGGCAGAAGCUACACCUCUUCUCAAUGCAAUAAACUCGUCUUCAGAAGAGUCCAGUGGUCUUCUUAUCGUUGGACCAGAGGGCGACUUCACGACAAAAGAGCUCGACAUGAUGCUGGAAGCAGGCGGUGUAGCUGUUGGACUCGGGCCACAUCGGUUGCGAGUCGAGACUGCAACCAUUGCCCUUUUGGCCACUCUGAUGCUGUGGUCUGAUUCUCAACAAGGUAACCAAUCCCUUGCACUCUAACUUUUGACAACAUUUGUAGUCGUUUUUUUUUUAAAUUUUGCUU